AUGGAAGGCAAGCUCCGUUCUCGUCUCUCGCUCUGUCUCGUGUGCAUUUGCGCUGCCCUGAACUUUGUUCACGGCCUAGGAAGACGUUCCGAGCCGCCGUACAUGAUCGCAUGCGGUGCCUCGAAACGAGGUGCCGACUCGGAUGGCCGGGCCUGGUCGCCGGAUCCCAGGUUCCUUGCCUCACCGGCAGUGGCCGAUACGGUGCCUGCUGAGGCUGAGUUCCAGGACCCUUCCCUGCCUUCCCCCGUCCCGUACAUGUUCGCCAGGGUCUUCACCGCCCCGGCCUCCUACAGAUUCUCGGUCCCGCCAAGGGCUCGGCUGUGGCUCCGGCUCCAUUUCUAUCCUUCCUCUUACAGCAACCUUGAUCCGUCCGACUCCUACUUCGCGGUCGGCGUGAACGGGUUCACGCUCCUGAACAAUUUCAGCGCUUCCAUCACGGCGCAGGCGCUCACGCAGGCGUAUAUCAUCCGAGAGUUCUCGCUCGCGCCGGUUGGAUCCGGCAACCUCAACAUCACUUUCACGCCUUCCGUGGAACAUGGAGGGGCAUAUGCGUUCAUCAAUGGAAUCGAGAUAAUUUGGAUGCCCGACAUAUUCGAGGAGGCGGCAACGAUGGUCGGGUUCAGCGAUCAGGCCGUCUCCGUCGGGGGAUCUUCUUUGCAGACAUUGUAUAGGCUUAACGUGGGCGGACAAUACAUUCCACCGACCAAUGAUUCCGGCCUCACGAGGACAUGGUACGACGACACCCCCUACUUAUUUGGCGCUGCGGCCGGGGUCACUUCCGAGGCCGACAGGAAGGUGAAAGUUCGAUAUCCUCCCGACGUUCCGGAAUACGUCGCGCCCCUUGAUGUGUACCGCACGGCGAGGACGAUGGGUCCGGAUCCAAAGGUUAACAAGAACUACAACCUCACCUGGGUUUUCCAGAUCGACGCGAAUUUCACCUAUAUCGUCAGGUUCCAUUUCUGCGAUUUCCUCCUCGAUAAAGUUAACCAGCGCGUGUUCGAUAUCUUCGUGAACAACCAGACGGCGCAGGCAUCCGCCGAUGUCAUCGCGUGGUCCGGUUCCAAGGGAGCGCCGGUCUAUAAAGAUUUCGCCACUUAUGUUAGCGAUGGCCCUGGUGAUGAGCAGCUGUGGGUGGCUUUGCAUCCGAACGUUUCGAUGAAUCCCGAGUACUACGAUGCGAUCCUCAAUGGACUCGAGAUCUUCAAGGUGAAUGACAGCAAUGGGAAUUUGGCUGGUCCUAACCCGGUUCCAUCGCAAAUGCUUCUCCAGGCCGAGGCCAAGGCCGACAAGAAAUUCGCUCCUUCGGGUCCUUCGAGCACUGGCCAAGUAAUUGGUGGGAUCGUCGGAGGGGUUCUAGGAUUCGCUAUCGUCGUUUCGGUAUGUCUUUUCGUGCGGUAUCGGAUGUACGAGGCCGACGGAAUGACCCCUGGAGUCGGUAAAUGGCUGCCGCUCCAUGGAAGUUCCCACAGCAGAUCGACAAUUUCCGGCAAGAGCAAUGCCAGUACCCACCUCUCGUCGCUCGCGGCAGGCCUGUGCCGACACUUUUCGCUGUUCGAGAUCAAGCAGGCUACCAAAAACUUCGACGAGUCGCGGGUCAUUGGAGUGGGAGGGUUCGGGAAGGUCUACAAGGGCAUGAUCGAUGGAGGGUCGACCGCAGUUGCCAUCAAGCGUUCGAACCCUUCUUCGGAGCAAGGAGUUGACGAGUUCCAGACCGAGAUCGAGAUGCUCUCGAAGCUGCGGCACAAGCAUCUGGUCUCGCUGAUUGGGUUCUGCGAAGAAAACGGCGAGAUGAUUCUGGUAUACGAUUACAUGGCCAACGGCACGCUCAGGGAACACAUAUACAAAGGCAACGAGCCGCCGUUGUCGUGGAAGCAGAGGCUGGAGAUCUGCAUUGGCGCCGCCCGCGGGCUGCACUACCUGCACACGGGGGCGCAGUACACGAUCAUCCACCGCGACGUGAAGACGACCAACAUCCUGCUGGACGACAAGUGGGUGGCGAAGGUCUCCGACUUCGGGCUAUCCAAGACGGGGCCGAACAUCAACCAGACGCACGUCAGCACCGUCGUGAAGGGCAGCUUCGGGUACCUGGACCCCGAGUACUUUAGGCGACAGCAGCUCACCGAGAAAUCCGACGUCUACUCCUUUGGGGUAGUCCUGUUCGAGGUCCUGUGCGCCCGGCCCGCCCUCAACCCGAGCUUGCCCAAAGAACAGGUCAGCCUCGCGGACUGGGCUCGGCACUGCCAAAGGAAGGGGACCCUGGACGACAUCAUCGACCCGUGCAUCAAGGGGCAGGUCACCCCGGAGUGCUACAAGAAGUUCGCGGAGACGGCCGGGAAGUGCCUGGCCGACCAGGGGCUCGACCGGCCACCCAUGGGCGACGUGCUCUGGAGUCUUGAGCUGGCGCUGCAAUUGCAGGAGAAUCCCGACGGCACGUCGGCCAAGUUCGUAGUGGAACAUGAGGACGACGUGCAGAGAUCCAUGACGGGCACAGAUGGAGAGACCGCCAUGAGCGGAGAGAUCCUUGAUUCGAAUCUGAAAGCAGUGUUUUCGCAGCUAGUGAAUCCUAGUAAAAGAUGA